AUAUGGCCUGGCCCGGGUGGAGCAGGCCGGCCAGCAGCCCGGGGACCGUGACGGUGGUAAAGCAGACGUCCACGAGGCUCAGGGACUCAUGCAGCCAGAAUCUGGGGCCAAUGGAACAGCCAUUGCUGCGUUCAUCCUGCUGGGCUUGGUGGAGGCGCCAGGGCUGCAGCCAGUUGUCUUUGUGCUCUUCCUCUUGGCCUACCUGGUCACAGUCGGGGGCAACCUCAGCAUCCUGGCAGCCAUCUUGGUGGAGCCGAAACUCCACACCCCCAUGUACUUCUUCCUGGGGAAUCUAUCAGUGCUGGAUGUUGGGUGCAUCAGCGUCACUGUUCCCUCAGUAUUGAGUCGUCUCCUGUCCCACAAGCGUGCAGUUCCCUAUGGGGCCUGCCUUACCCAACUCUUCUUCUUCCAUCUGUUCGUUGGAGUGGACUGCUUCCUGCUGACCGCCAUGGCCUAUGACCGAUUCCUGGCCAUCUGCCGGCCCCUCACCUACAGCACCCGCAUGAGUGAGACAGUCCAGAGGAUGUUGGUGGCUGCAUCCUGGGUUUGUGCCUUCACCAAUGCACUGACCCACACUGUGGCCAUGUCCGUGCUCAACUUCUGUGGCCCCAAUGUGAUCAAUCACUUCUACUGUGACCUCCCACAGCUCUUCCAGCUCUCCUGCUCCAGCACCCAACUCAAUGAGCUGCUGCUUUUUGCUGUGGGUUUUAUAAUGGCAGGCACCCCCAUGGCUCUCAUUGUCAUCUCCUAUAUCCACGUGGCCACUGCAGUCCUGCGAAUUCGCUCUGCAGAGGGCAGGAAGAAAGCCUUCUCCACGUGUGGCUCCCACCUCACUGUGGUGGCCAUGUUCUAUGGUUCAGGUAUCUUUAACUAUAUGCGACUAGGUUCAACCAAGCUUUCAGACAAGGAUAAAGCUGUUGGAAUUUUCAACACUGUCAUCAAUCCCAUGCUGAACCCCAUCAUCUACAGCCUCAGAAACCCUGAUGUGCAGAGCGCCCUCUGGAGGAUGCUCACGGGGAGGCGGUUACUGGCUUGA